AUGGACUUCAAAAAACCCGAAACCGUUUUAGCCCUCAACAACAUUCGAGAGGCGCUUGUGCGCAUGGAGGACACAAUUGUGUUCGAUUUCAUCGAAAGACUGCAAUUCUACUCGCUGCCCAGCGUAUACCAAAAAAACAAGUUCAACAUUCCCGACUUUGAUGGUCUGUUCAUGGAAUGGCUCCUUUGGCAGACGGAAAGAACGCAUUCGCAGGUGCGGAGAUACGAGGCGCCGGACGAGACGCCGUUUUACCCGGAAAAGUUGCUCAAGCCGUUGCUUCCAUCCAUUGAGUAUCCGAAAAUAUUGGCGUCGUACAGCGACCAGAUCAACGUCAAUGGCGAGAUUUUGAAGUUCUACGUGGAGCACAUUGUGCCCGAGGUUUCGUGCAAACAGGGCGACCAGGAGGAGAACUUUGGCUCUGUGUCUGUGUGUGACGUCGAAUGCUUACAGGCGCUCUCGAGAAGAAUCCACUUUGGCAAGUUUGUGGCCGAGGCAAAGUACCAGUCGGACAAAGAUCUCUACCGCAAACUCAUUUUGGCCCAGGACGCCGAAGGAAUUGAAAGCAGCAUCACCAACAGCGCCGUGGAGCAGAAGAUCUUGGAAAGAUUGAAGGAGAAGUGCGAGACUUACGGAACGGACCCUAGCUUGAAGUACUCGCAAAAGAUGCAGCUGAAGGUCAAGCCCGAGUUGAUUGUCGGGUUGUAUAGAGACUACGUGAUUCCGCUUACGAGAAAAGUGGAGGUGGACUACUUGUUGCGCAGACUAGAGGAUGAAUCUUGA